GCCAAGAGCUGAUUCUCAGAGCUGGAAUGAGCAAUGUCACUCUUCUCAAAGGCUCUUGAGGCACAUCUGGGGUUUUUGGUUCACAUGGCAGCAGCAAACUCGACUCCACCUGGUUCUUUGGAUUUAAACCAGCCUGGAUUUUCAAAGGAGAUACUGGGGACUAAAUUGGAGGGCAAAUACCUCUGCUCUGAGUGCAAGAAUAUUCUGAGGAGGCCAUUUCAAGCUCAGUGUGGACACCGCUAUUGUUCUUACUGCCUGAAGAAACUUAUAAGCUCUGGGCCUCAGAAGUGUGCAGCCUGUAUUCAGGAAGGAAUAUAUGAAGAAGGAGUUUCUAUUUUAGAAACAAAUUCGGCUUUCCCAGAUAAUGCAGCUCGUCGGGAGGUGGAAAGUCUGUCGGCUGUCUGUAUUAACGAUGGCUGCCCAUGGACAGGGACUAUUAAAGAAUAUGAGAGCUGCCAUGAAGGGGACUGCCCGUUCAUGCUGAUUGAGUGCCUGGCAUGUAAGGGAAUGAUCAAACUGAAUGAAAAGGAGCGCCAUUCAGAGCGGGAAUGCCCCGAGAGAAGCCUCAACUGCAAAUACUGCAAAUCGCUUUUCUACUUUCCUGACAUUAAGGCUCACGAUGAGAUCUGUCCUAAAUUUCCACUGAGUUGUGAGGGCUGUGGGAAGAAGAAGAUUCCAAGAGAGAAGUUUCAGGACCACGUGAAGACUUGUGGCAAAUGUAAAGUGCCUUGCAGAUUUCAGGUUGUCGGCUGCACUGAGAUGGUGGAAAAUGAAAAGCUGCUGGAGCACGAAAGCAAAUGUGUGGGGGAGCAUCUGUAUAUGUUGCUGGGCUUUGUGCUCAGCCUCAAGGCUGAGUCUGGAGACUUAAAGCACCAGCCAACCCUUGCGUCAGUGCAGGACAACUCCAUGCUCUUAGCAACCAAUUCGCUGUGCUCUGAAUCAGAGCUCUCUGAGUCCUUGGAGCUGCGGGGAAGGUGCGAGGCCCUGGAGAGGAAGACUAUCACAUUUGAGAAUAUUGUGUGCGUGCUGAAUCGGGAAGUGGAAAGAGUGUCUCUGACAGCGGAGGCGUAUAGCCGGCAGCAUCGGCUGGAUCAGGAGAAAAUUGAAAUGCUCAGUAACAAGGUCCGGCAGCUGGAAAGGAGCAUUGGACUGAAAGAUCUGGCCAUGGCUGACAUGGAGCAAAAGAUCCGUGAUAUGGAAGCUUCGACCUAUGAUGGCGUUUUCAUCUGGAAGAUUACAGACUUUGCCAGAAAACGUCAGGAAGCGAUAGCCGGCCGCUGUCCUGCCAUCUUCUCUCCAGCCUUCUACACAAGCAAAUAUGGCUAUAGGAUGUGCCUGCGUGUGUACCUAAAUGGGGACGGCACUGGACGUGGGACCCACUUGUCUCUGUUCUUUGUGGUGAUGAAAGGACCCAACGAUGCGCUUCUGCGAUGGCCCUUCAACCAGAAGGUGACCCUGAUGCUGCUGGAUCAGAAUAACCGGGAGCACAUUAUCGACGCUUUCCGACCCGAUGUGACGUCAACGUCCUUUCAGCGACCCAUCACCGAGAUGAACAUUGCCAGUGGCUGCCCACUCUUCUGCCCAGUCUCCAAGAUGGAGGCCAAGAACUCUUACGUGCGUGACGACGCCAUCUUUAUUAAAGCCAUCGUAGAUCUCACGGGCCUCUAAAGCCUCCUCCCCACCAGGAGCAUUGAGCACAGUGCCAGCCGACCAGGGCUCGCCCUCCCGGUGCUGCACCUUCAGCAUGCCCCAGAGCAGGGGCAAAGUCCAGACCUGGCCCCGUCCCUGAAGGGACCUGCUCCGCUCUGAGUGGAAAUGCAGUGUCUGAUGGGAACCCUCCCUUGGUGUCAAAACACCAGCUUCUCUAGUGCAGAUCUUCCUUGAGAAGAGGCUUGUGUUGAGGUUAGUUGAGUUUGAUCCAUGAUCAAUGGGGACUGGAUGCUCCCCUGCAGGAAUCAGCUACCAGGGCUCCCUGCACCCAGGUUUCAAGCUAAAACGAAGGCA